AUGGCAAACGAUGGUUUCAGUUUUGUGGAAGAUCUUAGUGUGGCAAGCGACUUCUGGAACAUGAAGGCCCGAAUCAUACGUAAAUGGGAACAAACCUUCAAGGUGGACAUGGUGCUUCUGGAUGAGAGGGGUAACAAAAUACAAGCUCAAUGUAAGAACAUGUUGUUGUCAGAUUUUGGGCAGUAUCUUAAAGAAGACUCCACCAUUGUCAUCCGAAGGUUUGGUGUCGCUAAGCAAAGAGAUAAGUAUCAUGUAAUGGGAAGGAAUGCUUCGUGUGGUGACCUUGACAUCUUCAAGAAUAAGGAAAAGGAAAGCAAAAGGAUGAACUUUGAGUUGCAAGACUUGAGUGGCCAAAUUAUCAAGUGUACUCUAUGGGGAAAGUAUGCUGAACAAUGGAACAAGUUCAUUUGCAACAAUAAGUCAACUGAGAUGGUUAUUGCUAUCCUUCAACAUGCUAAAUUGAAGAGAUUUAACAGAGAGCUCACUGUCCAAAAUGACAUGUAUGGAACUAGACUAUUCCUUAAUGAAGACAUCCAAGAAGCAAAUGACUUGAGGAGGGGCCUCAUAUUGAGAGACGGUGUUGGUGCUGCCUCCCAAACCAUCCUUGAGUCUCAGACUGUUUAUCCUUUCCAUAAAGAAUUUGUUGUAAACACUGUCAAGAAAAUGUGGAUGAGAUUGGGGAAUGUCAUGAGAAUGAUUGAAGAGGAUGUUGGUUGGUUUUACGUUGCCUGUCGUCAACAUAGUAAGAAGGUAUUGACUAAGGAUGAAUUUCUGGAACAAGCUAUUGAAAUCCCAAACCAUUUUCUUGAAGCUCCAAUAGACGGUCUUUGGUGUCUUGCUUGCAACGACAUUGCCAUAUCUUUUGUCCCAAAAGUCCAAGAUCACACCGGUUCUGUUUCUUUGGUGAUGUUCGACAAAGAUGUUGCUAAACUGAUUGGUUUGUCUGCAAAUGAUAUUCGAGAGAGACAAAUACGAUCAGGUGAGGUUGACACUUUCCCUCAUGAGCUCAAUGUCUUGCUAAACAAGCUCUAUGCUUUCAAGAUCUCUGUUGCAAAGUACAAUUUUGAAAAGGAUUACUUGGUGUACACUGUGGCCAAAGUUUGUCGAGACCCUGAAAUAAUUGAGGAACUACAAAAAAAGGAUGAAGAUGAUGAGGGAAGCCGUGGUGAAGGUGCAAUGAUCAUUGCUAAGCUUGGAGAGUCCUCCCAGUCUAAGCUUGGAGACUCUUGCCAGUCUAGGUUUGGAGAUAGCUCACAGGGUGUUGUGGAGUCGGCUGAAGUUGUGGUCGAUUCAUCUCAUUUUAUGGUGAAAUCUAAGACUCUUUGUGAUGUAUGUGAAGUGUGUCCUCUUUCGCCGAAUGUUUGGAUACCCACCCAGAAAAUAUAUACCACUUUUCAAAAAAGUCCUGCGAUUCUGUGUACUCCUUCAUCAUCAGUUAUUCGAACACCUAUAGCGACAAGACAUGGCUCUAGAAGCACCAAUAUUCCAGACUGUACUCCUCCUUCAUCUUCCAUACCAUCAUCCUGUGUUCUCAAAGAAUCUAUAUGCACAACUGAUCGCAGUAGAAGUACAAGUAUUCCGGACUUUACUUCUCCAUUAUGUUCCAUGCCAGCGAGCGCUCUUUUUAAUGGUUCCACAACCACAAAAAGUGCAUCCAGAAUGGUGGGUACUGGUACUCAUGAUCCGCAACCCACACCUACAUUGUCAUGUGUAGUUAAUGACUCAUCCAAUCAGACACUAUCAAAUUCCAUUCCUGAUACUCCUCCAAUUGGAUUAAGAGAUGCACCUAGACUUGGUGUUUCAAAUAGCAUAGAAACUCUGAAUUAUUUGCGCAAAGGAAAGCAAAAGGUAACUAUUGGUAAUCAAGAAAAUAGUUUUCCAUUUACAAGGCCUGGUUUAGUGUUCAAUAAGCCUACUAGAAAGUCUAAUUCUAGACGCAAAUCCUCCAAUUUGAAAAUGAAUGACAUACCUGCAUUCAAUUUAGAGAUUUUUAAUGAUCCUUCAACGGAAGAACUUAGAAAGAUGAAAGGCGUUUCUUCAGAAUAUAUUGAUCAUGGCGAUCAAAUACAUGUUUGUGCCAAUUGUCAUGCCAUGAUGUGGGAAGCUGAAAUGCUUAGAGGGAAUAAAAAUGGUAAGAAGCGAUCAUUUUCCCUUUGUUGUAAGAAUGGACAAGUUCAACUUCCUGACGCAAUAGAACCUCCACCUUUGUUACGGAAUCUUUUUAAAGGUUCCCAUACAAGGAGCACCAAUUUUAUGAAUAACAUCCGUGCUUAUAACACGAUGUUCUCUUUCACAUCGAUGGGUGGUAAGGUUGACAAAAGUGUUCAAAGUGGUAGAGGUCCAUAUUGCUUUAGACUACAAGGUCAAAUUUGCCAUAGAAUGGGUAGCCUAUUGCCUUCUGCUGGAGAGCAACCAAAAUUUUCCCAACUUUACAUACACGAUUCAGAGAAUGAGGUUCAACAUCGACUAAAUGCAUUAAGUGGAACUGGUGUAAAACGCGAUGAUCUUGAUCCAGGCAUAAUCAACCUUCUUAAGAAUAUGCUGGACUCUUGCAAUCCGCUUGUGAAGUCUUUUCGGAUGGUAAGAGAUUGUUUGGAAGAAAAUGACUUACAAGACGUCAUACUGAAACUCAUUUCAACAAGAGAAAAAGACGGUAGAACUUACAAUUUGCCCACCGUCUCAGAAGUUGCAGCCUUAAUAGUUGGUGAUAUUGACGGAUUAGUUGAUCAAAGGGACAUUGUUGUUAGGACCUGGUCUGGAUUUCUACAAAGAAUUAGAGAGUUGCACCCUUCGUACCUUGCUUUACAGUAUCCGCUUCUUUUUCCGUUUGCUAAAGAUGGUUUUAGGCUAGGCAUUAAACACAGAGGGAUUCCAGAUGACUGUAAUAAACUGAAAACCAACCUUACACUGAGAGAGUUUUUUUGCUACAGAAUACAAGACCGAAUAAAACCUUUUUCACUGAUAACAUAUGCCAAAAAAUUGUUUCACCAAUUGUUGGUGGACGCAUACACCAUGGUGGAAGCUGAUAGGUUGUCUUACGUCAAUCUACAACAACCUAAACUAAGAACUGAUACAUUCAUAAAUUUGCGACAGAAUAUGGAAAAUGGUAACAAUAAUGGAUCGAAAAUAGUUUACUGGUGGAGCCAGGUAUAUGAUGCAAAAGUAUUUGGACGCCAUGGCUAUAUGCAAGACUGUAGGAUAUCCGAAUCUUUUCAUAACAAUGACUUGCAAUCCCAACUGGCCAGAGAUCCAUAG